AUCUCUUUACGCUCUGAAAUCCACCUCCCCUCUUUUCCCUCACCUGAACCUGGCGGGGACAUCACUUUUGCAGCUCCUGGGGAGAGGUGAUGGGGAGAGGCUGGGCAGGGCCAGGGCCCAGGUAGAAGCUGCCAUGAGAAGAAGUUGAGCAAGGAUGUCUUUUCUCCUUAGGGUGUGUGGCCGGUCCCAGAAGGAGCUGCCUGGGGUUGCCAUGAGAGAGACCUUGGAGGCCCUCAGCUCCCUGGGGUGUUUGUGAAUACCUGCCCACACUGGAGGUUGUGCUAGACUGUACGUGCACAUGCGUACUCAUAGAGCAUCAGGAUAUUGAAUCCACUUCCUUCACCUGUGCUUGACUCAACACAAAGGGGCUCAGGUUGACACCUGGCCAGACUGCUGGGAGCCUGGCCGUCCCUUGUCCAUGCUGACUAGGGACCCUCCCUACCUGAGCAGGAUUCUCUGUGGGACAGCCAGAGAUGGCCCCCCAAAGUGAGCCUGGGGAAGGCUCCCAUAAUGCCCAGGAGCAGAUGUGCCCUCCCAGGGAAGAGAGAGCUCUGGGCUCCUCUUCCUGUUCAGGGCACAAGGCCCCCAGACUGGAGGAAGAUGCCCACCCUGAACAGGCUGAGGCUCCUUGCAGAGGAAGCCAGGCACACACACCACGGAAAGCUGAGCCUGUGGGCUCCUGCCCAGGAGAGGAGUGGAUGAUUCGGAAGGUGAAGGUGGAGGAAGAGGAUCAGGAGGUAGAAGACAGAGUCGAAUGGCCCCAGCACCUGUCAUUACUGCCCGGCCCCUUUCCCACACCUGACCUGGGGCCUCUGGCCACCGCCUAUAAGCUGGAGCCGGGGAUCCCAGGGGCCCUGGGCGGGCUCUCGCUGGCCGGGUGGACUCCUGACUCAGAGAAGCCCUAUGGCUGCGCCGAGUGCGAGCGGCGGUUCAGGGACCAGCUGACCUUGCGGCUGCAUCAGAGGCUGCACCGCGGCGAGGGCCCGUCCGCUUGUCCCGACUGCGGCCGCAGCUUCACGCAGCGCGCGCACAUGCUGCUGCACCAGCGCAGCCACCGGGGCGAGCGGCCGUUCCCGUGCUCCGAGUGCGACAAGCGCUUCAGCAAGAAGGCCCACCUGACCCGCCACCUGCGCACGCACACGGGCGAGCGGCCCUACCCGUGCACCGAGUGCGGCAAGUGCUUCAGCCAGAAGAUACACCUGGGCUCGCACCAGAAGACGCACACGGGCGAGCGGCCCUUCCCCUGCACCGAGUGCGAGAAGCGCUUUCGCAAAAAGACGCACUUGAUCCGCCACCAGCGCAUCCACACGGGCGAAAGGCCCUACCAGUGCGCGCAGUGCUCACGCAGCUUCACGCACAAGCAGCACUUGGCGCGGCACCAAAGGGUGCACGAGGCGGCCUGCCGCGCCCCGCCGUCUUCCGAUGUGCCCGCCCCUCCGGGUUCUCCUGCCCAGACCCUGACCCCAUCCCCUCCGGGACCUAAGCCUUUCGUCUGCUCUGAUUGUGGACUGAGCUUCGGCUGGAAGAAGAACCUCGCCACGCACCAGCGUCUGCACGGCAGCGAGGGGCGCCCCUUUGGAUGUGACGAGUGCGCACUGGGCGGUGCCACCGAACCCCUGGCCUGCGGGGAUCGCUGCACACAGGCGCCCCAGGGCGCUCCCGCCAGCGAGCGGUCCUUUUCCUGCCCAGACUGUGGACGCGGCUUUGCCCACGGGCAGCACCUAGCGCGGCAUCUGAGGGUUCACACGGGCGAACGACCCUUCGCCUGCGCGCAGUGUGGCCGUCGCUUCGGCUCGCGGCCAAAUCUGGUCGCCCAUUCUAGGGCCCAUAGCGGCGCCAGGCCUUUCGCCUGUGGGCAGUGCGGCCGCCGCUUCAGCCGCAAGUCCCACUUGGGCCGCCACCAAGCGGUGCACACGGGCAGUCGGCCCCACGCCUGUACCGUCUGCGCCCGUAGCUUCAGCUCCAAAACCAACCUGGUCCGCCAUCAAGCCAUCCACACGGGCUCUCGCCCCUUCUCCUGCCCGCAGUGCAGCAAGAGCUUCAGCCGCAAGACUCACCUAGUGCGGCACCAGCGCAUCCACGGCGAAGCGGCCCACCUGGCCUCCGACGCUGACCUCCCGGCCCCAGCCUGGCCCACUCCCACGGAGGUGGCAGCGCCCCCACUCUUCUUCUGAGCCUCCUUCUCGUCCAGGCCCUUCCUUUGCCUUCUGUUGCUUCCUGGUUGGAGAGACCCAAGUCCAAGGGGGUGAGCACUGUGGCAGGAUGGCGUAGGCCCUGACGGCUCUUUUUCUUUCCUCUCCAUCUUGCUGGGGAGACGUCCAGAAAGGAUAGCCAGCUUUAACAUUCUGUAACAAAGUGCUGAAUGAACCCUUGCUGGGAAUAAUUCCUGCCUGAGUCCUUGGAAGGCUCCCACCAAGAGAAGCCCUGGAAAGCUGAAGUUCCCUGGACCACCCCUGGACAAGUCAGGAACCGCUGCAGGGGGAGGGAAAGAAUGGUUAUCUGAAUACUUACAGUGUCAUUAAAAUUUAAAUCUGAA